AUGUUGCGUAUUCGUCAUCGUGCCCUCUUUAUAGCCGCCGGUAGCCCCAGCUGUAUGCUGUCUCCCUUAUCCACAUCCACUUCAUCUUCCUCCUCCUCUUCUUCUUCCCAUUAUUCUUCUCUGCACACAUUUGGCUCCCCGCUGUGGUGUGGACGUCGACAUCAGGCCACGACUCCCACGCCCGGUGGUGAUUUCUCGCACAUCACGCACAACACCGUGUGGGGUCUGUGGAAUGAGGGGAAUCUCUUCUCCCUCUCGGUGCCGGAGCUCGCCUUUUUCCUGCAGGAGCACUGCCGCGUCACCGGCGUGGACCCGCGGGCCCGCAAGAGUGCGUUGGUGCGGCAGGUGGAGGAGAUCCUCGCGGCGGAGCAGGCGAACACGACCGUCCCGCAGGAGGACAAUCCGCACGCCGUCGUCAUCACAGACUACGACCGCGCGGAGGAGACACUCGAGGAGGCGGAUGAAUACGGCGACUGGGGCGCAGAGCCGGGAUUUGAGGAGCGACGGCCGCUGGACUUUAUGGAGUUAAGCCCAGGGAGGAUGGGAGAACGGUAUGAUCCACUGAUUCCACGAGCCUUUCAGUUAAUGCACAGUGAUACCACCUGUGAUGUUGGUAUUGCAAGUAUUAAUCCAAGUAAACUGCCGGGUCAGAGUAAAGUUAAAAGCGCUCUCACUCCACUGGAUGUGAGCCCAAAUGAAGCCAAUAAAUUACAUUUUCGAAGUGCUUUUGAAUGGUGUCUUAUGAAUAUUUGGAAUAUGAAUAUGCCAGGAGAACUUAAUAUUGGAGCUGGAAAGGCACUUUACUACCGACAUGUGGCUAAACAAAAUCGUAAUGUUAUGCCAUUGUGGACUCUUCAACGUCAUCUCUACGCACAACACCCAUAUGCGUGGUUCGCUAUCGCAAGUGAAUCUAAUGUCGCGGCGAUGGAAGCUCUUGCGGCUAAUCUUGGUAUGAGUCUCGUUCAGGAACCAACCACAAGUUAUAAAGUGAACAUAAGACGCAUGGGAGAAUUAUUUGAUUGUGAACUUAAUGGACAAAUGAAGUGUACCAUGUUAAAUAAACCUUGGGAUCGUUUCCUUGUUUCUCACUAUGUACGUAGUAAAAUGCCAGAUCUACGAUAUGUUGUGCGUGCUCGACAUCCUAUUAAAAAACGUGUUUCCGAUGCCUACUUGGAGGCGGAUAUUCUGCGCAGCACCCGUGACUCUGUACAGUCUGUGCUUUCGCCUGAAUUAGGCGAUGUUAUUUACUGUUGUGAGCGUGUGAUUCGCAAGUGGGCGGUACGCACAGCGACUGGCGUGACGCUGCAGCUGGUGGAGACCAAACGAACACCGCUGAUCAUCACAAAGGCCGGUGAUGAGGGAGAACGUCUGGAGUAUGAGUGGAUUGUGCCUUUACCGCAGCAGGCCGAACGCGUGGAUGUCGCCGCUCUCACGGAUGAGUUGUGGGAAUAUGGAAAUAAACUCGCACAGGCAUUGGAGGAGGGAAUGGAGGAACUCAUGGCGCACACAAUGACCUCUGUGGCCUCAUACUAA